AUGUUCAAGUACUUUCACGCACUCAAGCUAGCAGAGAUUGGACUUUCUGAUCAAGCACUGGAGUACUGUGAAGGAAUCGCUAAAAGCAUCUUCACAAUGCCUCGGCACACCAGCAGCUCCUUGAUUCAAAGUGUUAUAAAGCUUUCUUAUGAUCUGCUUCAAGAGAAGGCACAAGAAACCGAGUGGCUGCUGAAACUUUGCCGGCUGCUCAGAGAUGUCCAUGUGAUUCCUCCUGCUGUUUUUAUUAAACUGGAGCCGCCCAGCUCCUCUCAGGAGUUCCAAGAGGAAUUAGAUUCACGGUACAUUGUGGGAGAGCUUUUGGGAAAAGGAGCCCACAGCGCCGUUUAUGCUGGAGUGCGUAAGGCAGACGGGAGACAGGUUGCCUUGAAAUAUGUGACCAAAAAGGUCAAAGAGUCAUUCCCUGGAACAAAGCCUCGGGAGGUGGAGUUAAUGGAGAUAGUGUCCAAGCAGCCUCGCUGUGAGAAUGUGGUGGAGCUGCUGGAAUGUCUCGAUGUGUCCACUUCUUUUGUCUUGGUGCUGGAGCGACCCAGCCCCUGCAUAGACCUCCAGACGUUCUGCAGAAUGCAGAGAAAUAAUCGUCUCUCGGAAGAUGUGGCUCGAGAGAUCAUGCGGCAGGUGGUUCAAGCUGUUGGUCACUGCAUUGCCCAUGGAGUUUUCCAUGGCGACAUCCAUUCCAAGAAUAUUCUGGUGAAUCCGGACACGCUGGAAGUGAAGUUGAUAGACUUUGGCUACAGCGAUUUGGUGUCAAAAGGCGGCAGGACGGGAUAUAUUUCUUGCAUCUGGAGUCUGGGUUUAAUCCUGGCUCAAAUGAUCAUUGGAAACGUUCACGUUGCAUCUUCAAAUCAGUUGCUUGAGAAGUGUUCACAGUUUGUUUCUCCAGAGUGCUGCCAGCUGUUAUCAAUGUGUCUGAAAAACCCCAUGGAGACUCCAGCGUUCGAUGAAAUCCCGAACCACAGCUGGUUUAGACAGAAACCGUCCAGUUCACAGGCUCCUGAAGACCCUGGAUCUUCUAACUGAUCCAAAAAUAUCCUUUUAAAAAAAAUUAAAAUAAAAGUGCUUAAUCCCGCCCCAGACCCACCUCCACAUGCUCCCACCGCUCGACUCCAUCAGACCUUCUUGCGUGUCUUGGUCAGUAGCCCCCUGCAGUAACGGUGCGAUCCAGCUGAUUAACAGAAGCUGACGCUCUGCCUGCUUCAAACUUUAAAAGCUCCCAGAAAGCAUCACUGGCAUCCACACAAGGCCUCAGUGCUCCACUGUAGAAGCACAAGGUCAUGCUGUUGUGUGUUUCUCAGGAAACACAAUUGCACAUCACUCCUGCCACUGUGAUGGGCCAAACAGAUGUUUGCUUCUGGGGUCGUUUAGGCGUCACCUCAGCUAGUCUAAUGGAAAACCACUGGACUGUGUCUUUAGGCAGCAGCAGAUUUGUUGGGUAUCAGAGCCACCACUGGUCCUAUUUGACCUCAUAGCCUACAGCCGUAGAAGAUUAUUGAUUUAUAAUCACAUUCUCUGGUGGCACCCAGAUGAGGAUGGGUUUCCUUUUGAGUCUGGUUCCUCACGAGGUUUCUUCCUCAUGUAGUUUCAGGGAGUUUUUCCUCGCCACUGUCGCCACUGGCUUGCUCAUUAGGGAUCUGAAUCUAUAAACUGCUGCUGCUGCUAAAAUGAAAGAAAUGGGCUUUCUGCUGGAUUCUGAGCUCCGACAUCACGACAGUCUUAAGCAUUACUUGGAUAGUUACAUGGGAGGUGCAUACACGGGGCGGAUUAUAAAUAAAAUACAUUUAAAUAAAUAAAAUACAAAGUUUGAAUUUCAAUUCUAUUAAAAAAAGAUAAAAAAUAAAAAAUGUUUAAAAAUGUUAACAGGAACAUUGUGAGCUUCAUUUAUCCUUUAUUUUUUCUGCUCUAGUCACAUGG